UCAGUUUAUCAAGCCGAGUAUUUUAUAUAAAUCAUGAAAUCACUUUCAUCCAUGCAUACAUAUUUCGCUAUCAUAGAGCAUUCGCUAUGGGAAUUCUAGGACUUUCAAAAUUAAUCGCUGAUGUAGCUCCUUUCGCAAUGAAAGAUAAUGAAAUAAAAAAUUAUUUUGGACGUAAGGUAGCAAUUGAUGCUUCUAUGUGUUUAUAUCAGUUCUUAAUAGCAGUACGUGCAGAAGGUGCACAAUUAACAACCGUAGAUGGUGAAACUACGUCGCAUCUGAUGGGCAUGUUCUAUCGUACAAUACGCAUGCUGGAUAAUGGCAUUAAGCCUGUUUACGUUUUUGAUGGUAAACCACCAGAUUUAAAAUCCGGUGAGUUAGCCAAACGUGCCGGACGUCGAGAGGAAGCAGAAAAGGCGUUACAAGCCGCUAAAGAAGCAGGCAAUGAGGCUGAUGUUGAUAAGUUCAAUAGGAGGCUUGUGCGCGUUACUAAAGAUCAUGCAAAUGAGGCAAAAGAAUUAUUGAAAUUAAUGGGUGUACCGUUUGUAGAAGCACCUUGUGAAGCUGAAGCGCAGUGCGCUGCUUUAGUUAAAUCAGGCAAAGUAUUUGCCACUGCUACUGAGGAUAUGGAUGCGUUAACCUUUGGUUCAAAUGUAUUGUUGCGUUAUUUAACUUUUAGUGAAGCGCGGAAAAUGCCGGUUAAAGAAAUACAUCAUGAAAAAGUCUUGAAAGGUUUUGAGUUAACACAAAAUGAGUUUAUUGAUUUGUGUAUACUCUUGGGUUGCGAUUAUUGUGAGGGUAUUAAGGGCAUAGGACCAAAACGUGCAGUUGAAUUAAUAAAUACCUACCGAAAUCUGGAGACAAUUUUAGAAAAUAUUGAUCGUAAAAAAUAUAUUGUUCCCGAAAAUUGGAAUUUUGAAUUGGCACGACAAUUAUUUAUAACACCAGAAGUAGCUGAUCCAGAUAAUAUCGACCUUAAAUGGACAGAUCCAGAUGAGGACGCUUUAGUUAAAUUUUUAUGUGGCGAUCGUCAAUUCAGCGAAGAACGCGUGCGUGGUGGUGUGAAAAAAAUUUUAAAAUCCAGGAAUACACAAACUCAGGGGCGUUUGGAUGGUUUCUUCAAGGUACUAUCGACUACAACAGCAAAACGUAAACCUGACGAGGAUAAAAAAAGUGCAAGCGCAAAGAAACCUAAAAUAGCAGGUGGCUCUGGUCGUGGGAGACGUCCAAAAUAAUAUUGUUGAAUUUUAUAUUUUUGAACUAACAAAUUUAGUGUACUUCUUACUUUUUACUCCUUAAUACACGUAUACUUUUAUUCAGAAAACGGAAUAAGCAACUGUUUAUUAUUGAUAUUGUUAUAUUGUGUUUUUACAUUAAUUUUCUUGUGAAAUAUAUUCAAUUUUGUUCUCAAA